AUGAGCAUACGGUGUGACCCACCCUCGUUUGUGUCACCUCCUGGAUCAGUAGACCCACCAUCACCACCACCAUCACCACCACUAUCACCACCAGCAUCACCACCGGUUCCACCACCCGCACCGCCCCCGCCCACUUUGCCGCCGACUUUCUGCGCCUCACUUGCCGCCCGAGCAGCUGCCUGCUGCCUCAGCACAGCCUCCUUGGCAGCUAGCUUAGCUGCCGCCUUAGCCACAACCAACUCCCUCUUCACUCGCUCCACCUCCGUCUGUUUCUCCCACUUCAACCCCAGCGCAUCCGCAGCCUCCGCCCACUUCACCGCACUCAACCUCUCAUCACCGGCGUCCACCGCUUCCCCCUCCAGCGCUUUAUCCGCCGCUGCCUGCUUCUCUGCUGCAGCAGCGGCGGCAGCGCUGGCCUUUUCAGCCAUCUGGGCCAGCCGGGCCGCAGCCACCCUCUCUCUGAACGUCCUCUUCUUCUCCUCCUUCUUCUCCUUCGCUGCAUCUCGCUCGGCCCGAGCCGCGUCCUUCCGGGCCGUCCCUCUCCUCUUCUUAUCCUCUAGCUCUGGCUUGCUCCUCUCUGCUUCAUCCACAAGCUCCUGCCGCUUCUCCUCCACUGUGUUCGCAGCCUCCGCAGCCGCUUCCUCCUUCCCAUCUGCCUCCUCUCUCGCCUGGUCCGCUCUGGCCCUCGCAGCGUCGGCCUCUUUCUGCGCUUGCUUCGCCUCCUCCCGCCUCUUCUUCCCGCUCGUGGAGGUGGGGGAGGUGGCGUCUCAGGUUCUUCUUCAGAUUCACCUGAAUCUUCAUCCCCUGAGCCAUCCUCCUCCCCUCCAUCACCGCCCUCUUCUGUGUCGUUUCCCUCCCCAUCUCCUUCCUCUCCUUCUCCACUUCCCCCCUCCUCUCCACUUCCCCCCUCCUCUCCACUUCCCCCCUCCUCUCCACUUCCCCCCUCCUCUCCACUCCCCCCCUCCUCUCCACUCCCCCCCUCCUCUCCACUCCCCCCCUCCUCUCCACUUCCCCCCUCCUCUCCACUUCCCCCCUCCUCUCCACUUCCCCCCUCCUCUCCACUUCCCCCCUCCUCUCCACUUCCCCCCUCCUCUCCACUUCCCCCCUCCUCUCCACUUCCCCCCUCCUCUCCACUCCCCCCCUCCUCUCCACUUCCCCCCUCCUCUCCACUCCCCCCCUCCUCUCCGCUUCCCCCCGCCUCUCCGCUCCCACCUUCCUCUCCGCUUCCCCCCACCUCUCCGCUUCCCCCCUCACUCCCUCCCUCUCCCCCUUCCCCUGCUCCUUCCGAAGGUUCCUGUGAACCUUCCCCCGACCCUGACGAAUCACCUGGUGGAGCACCACCAGGGGUUUCAUCUCCACCUGGAUUGUCCACGUCAGCUGGCGGCGGAGGUGGAGCUACAUCUCCUGGGGGGGUCGUGUCUUCGUUCGCCGGCGGAGGUGGAGUUGCAUCUCCUGUAUUUUCAGUUUCAUCUCCAGGAGGAGUUUCAUCUGCCGGAACGCUUCCGUCCGUCGAUGUUGCUUCGCCAGUUUCAGUUUCAUCACCUGGUGCUGCUGUAUCAGACGUUCCCGUAUCAUCCGUUCCCGUUUCAUCCGUUCCCGUAUCAUCUGUUCCCGUAUCAUCUGUUCCCGUAUCAUCCGUUCCCAAAUCAGCCGUCCCCGAAUCAGCCGUCCCCGAAUCAGCCGUUCCCGUAUCAGCCGUUCCCGUAUCAGUCGUUCCCGUAUCAGUCGUUCCCGUAUCAGUCGUUCCUGUAUCAGUCGUUCCCGUAUCAGUCGUUCCCGUAUCAGUCGUUCCCGUAUCAGGUGUUCCCGUUUGAGGCGUUCCAGUAA